CACCGCGACCUGAGCCGGGCGGCGGCCGAGGAGCUGCUGGCGCGCGCGGGCCGGGACGGCAGCUUCUUGGUGCGGGACAGCGAGAGCGUGAGCCGAGCCUACGCGCUGUGCGUGCUGUUCCAGAAGCACGUCCACACCUACCGGAUCCUGCCCGACGAGGACGACUUCUUGGCCGUGCAGACAUCGCAGGGCGUCCAGGUGAGGCGCUACAAGACCCUGAGCGAACUCAUCACCCUGUACCUGCAGCCCAACCAGGGCCUGGUCUGCACCCUGCUCUACCCUGUCGAGCGCGACAAGGACAAGGAGAACGCCGAGGACAGGGAUUACUCAGAUGGCGAGGAUGAAAAGCCCCCAUUGCCGCCGCGCUCUGGCUCUACCAGCUUCUUCAUGGUCAGCACCGGGCCUGGCUCGGCCAGCCUGGGACCCACAGCUGCGCCGGAUGGGGCAGUUGAGAGUGCCAACGGCCUCAGCACCAUCUCGCACGAGUACCUGAAGGGGAGCUACACGCUGGACCUGGAGGCAGUCAAGGCGGGGGCCAGCAGCUUGCCCCAUCUCAACAAGACCCUGGUCACCUCCUGCAAGCGCUUGCAUAGCGAGGUGGACAAGGUCCUGUCAGGCUUGGAGAUCCUCUCCAAGGUGUUCGACCAGCAGAGCUCGCCCUUGGUCUCCCGCAUCCUCCAGCAGAGCCCCGGGCAGAGUGGAGAGCAGGAGCUGGAGAGCCUGGUGCUGAAGCUGUCCAUCCUCAAGGAUUUGCUGUCCAGCAUCGAGAGGAAGGCCCUGAAAGCUCUCCAGGACAUGAGCUCCACGGCACAGUCGGCCCCGGCUCAGCCCCUGUCCCGCAAGGCCAAGAGCAUCCCUGUCCAAGCCUUCGAGGUGAAGCUGGAUGUGACACUGGGAGACCUCACCAAGAUCGGCAAGUCGCAGAAGUACACGCUGAGCGUGGACGUGGAGGGCGGAAAGCUGGUGGUCCUCAAAAAGCAGAAGGACUCUCAGGAGGACUGGAACACCUUCACCCACGACAAAAUCCGGCAGCUGAUCAAGUCUCAGCGGGUGCAGAACAAGCUGGGCAUUGUCUUUGAGAAGGAGAAGGACAAAACUCAGCGCAAGGACUUCAUCUUUGUCAGCGCCCGGAAGCGCGAGGCUUUCUGCCAGCUGCUGCAGCUGAUGAAGAACAAGCACUCCAACCAGGACGAGCCCGACAUGAUCUCCGUCUUCAUCGGCACCUGGAACAUGGGAAGCGUGUUCCCUCCCAAGAGCGUCACGUCGUGGUUCACGUCGAAGGGGCUCGGGAAGACGCUGGACGAGGCAACAGUCGCCAUCCCCCACGACAUCUACGUCUUCGGCACCCAGGAGAACUCCAUGGGGGACAAGGAGUGGGUCGACUUCCUGCGCGGCGCGCUCAAGGACUUCACAGACAUCGAGUACCGCCCGAUCGCGAUGCAGUCCUUGUGGUACAUUAAAAUCGUCGUCCUGGUGAAGCCGGAGCACGAGACCCGCAUCAGCCACAUCAGCACCUCCAGCGUGAAGACCGGCAUAGCCAACACGCUGGGAAACAAAGGGGCCGUGGGAGUUUCCUUCAUGUUCAACGGCACCUCCUUCGGCUUCGUCAACUGCCACCUGACCUCGGGCAACGAGAAGACGGCCAGGCGCAACCAAAACUACGUGGACAUCCUGCGGCUGCUGUCCCUGGGCGACAAGCAGCUCAGCUCCUUCGACAUCUCGCUCCGUUUCACCCACCUCUUCUGGUUCGGGGACCUCAACUACCGCCUGGAUAUGGACAUCCAGGAGAUCCUCAACUACAUCAACCGCAAGGAGUUCGAGCCGCUGCUCAAGGUGGAUCAGCUCAACCUGGAGAAGGAGAAGCACAAGGUGUUCCUGCGCUUCGCGGAGGAGGAGAUCACCUUCCCCCCGACCUACCGCUACGAGAAGGGCUCCCGCGACACCUACGUGUGGCACAAGCAGAAGCCCACGGGGGUCCGCACCAACGUGCCGUCGUGGUGCGACCGCAUCCUGUGGAAGUCCUACCCGGAGACCCACGUCAACUGCAACUCCUACGGGUGCACCGAUGACGUCGUGACCAGUGACCACUCCCCUGUCUUCGGCUCCUUUGAGGUCGGAGUGACAUCACAGUUCGUCUCCAAGAAAGGGCUCUCCAAGUCCUCGGACCAGGCCUACAUCGAGUUCGAGAGCAUCGAGGCCAUUGUGAAGACGGCUAGCCGGACCAAGUUCUUCAUUGAGUUUUACUCCCCCUGUUUGGAAGAGUUCAAGAAGAGCAUCGAGAACGACUCCCAGAGCAGCGACAACAUCAACUUCCUCAAGGUGCAGUGGUCCUCCAGGCAGCUGCCCACGCUCAAGCCCAUCCUCUCCGAGAUCGAGUACCUCCAGGACCAGCAUCUCCUGCUCACCGUCAAGUCGCUGGACGGCUACGAAUCCUACGGUGAGUGUGUGAUCGCCCUCAAGUCCAUGAUCGGCAGCACGGCCCAGCAGUUCCUCACCUACCUGUCGCACCGCGGGGAGGAGACGGGCAACAUCCGCGGCUCCAUGAAGGUCCGGGUCCCCACUGAGCGUGUGGGCACCCGCGAGAGGCUGUACGAGUGGAUCAGCAUCGACAAGGACGAGACCGGAGCAGCCAAGGGGAAGCAGCUGCCCAUCUCCCGGGCCAGCCAGGAGCACAAGUCGUCCGGGCGGAAGCACGCCCCGGGGGAGACGCCGGCCUGCCCCGCGGGGAAGCUCUCCGAGGAGCCAGACAAGGCCGGCGCCCCGCUCGCCGCCCGCCCGGACGACGCCUCCCAGAGCCGGUCCAAGCAGGAGGCCGCGGCGGAGCCGGACGGGGCCCCGCUGAAGAACAGCUUCAACAACCCGGCCUACUACGUGCUGGAGGGGGUCCCGCACCAGCUGCUGGCCGCAGAGCCCCCCGCCGCCUCGCCGGCCACCUCCAAGCCACCGACCCCCAAGAACAAGGUGCAGAUCAUGGUGCCCAUGCAGCCCGAGCGGCGCAGGCCCCCCACAACUGGCCAGACGCCCCCGGGCCGGGGGGACGAGACCUCCUCGGACGAAGAGCCCGCGCCCCUCAACCUGCCGCCCCCCGACUUCCCGCCCCCGCCGCUGCCCAAAUCGGUGGAGCUGGAGAUGAGCGACAACCCCUUCUACGCCAGCACCAAGGAGGCGGGCCGGCGAGACGACGCCGAGGUCAAGGCCAAGGCCCGAGCUGCUGUGGCCUUCAGCGAGCCCCUGGAGACCAAGCCACCCCCACCCAAGGUGCACCCGCGUGCCCAUGCCCCCCCCGAGCACGGCUUCCUGCUGGAGGGCUCCGGCGCGGCGCCGGCGCCGGCGGGGCUCCUGGACGACCGCUCCUGCUCCGUGCUGCAGAUGGCCAAGACCCUGAGCGAGGUGGAUUACCUAGGCAGCAAAGGGGGCGGUGGGAGCCGGGAGACGGGAAACCGCCCCGCGCCGGCCCCGCUGGGCAAAGGGCGGCUGGAGCUGCCCCCCCGAUGCCUGCUCCCCGACUACAGCCGGUCGCCCAGCUUCCCACCCCGCUCCAUCCGGGAGAGCAUCGAGGAGGACCUGGCGGAGGAGGCCGUGUGCCAGGGGGGCCGGAGCAGCACCAGCCUGGACGAGCCCAGCGUGGGCGCCUGGCUGCGGGCCCUCGGGCUGGAGCGGUACGAGGAGGGGCUCAUUCACAACGGCUGGGACGACCUCGAGUUCCUCAGCGACAUCACGGAGGAGGACCUGGAGGAGGCCGGGGUGAUGGAUCCCAACCACAAGCGCCUCCUGCUGGACAACCUGAGGCUCAGGAAAUAGCGGGACCCCACGUGGCCCCGGACACGCCGCCCUCCCCAGUCCGGCGGGGGGGGUCCCCGCAGCCAUCCCUGCCCAGCGGGGAGGACACGGGGCGAUGGCCGGGAGCGCUGGGUCUGUGCCCCGCGCCGCAGCUCUGCGCUGAGUAUUCCCUGUGCCUUCCAGGAGGACUCGAGCUGGAGACCCCCAAACCCGGGGGGACGUGGGGGGUCAGCGUGGUCCAGGCCGCUCCAUUUCCAUGCAGCCUCCUGCUGUUUUAAAUUAUUGCUUAUUUAUUGUCGGAGGGGGUGGGCGUUUGUGUCCAGGCCGUGCCUUGAGGUGGGGUUCAGCCCAGCCAGCGUGGCUUGGGACCCCGCCAAACCCUGGAGGGGCCUCAGCACUGGGGCAUGGGGGUUGGAGGGGACAGGGUAGAGAGCAGGGA